CGCCGCCGUCCGCCGCACUCGCAGUCUCGCUGCCGUAGAGUCAACUUCCUGCGCGUCCCGACACACACCCCGAAGCCGAAAUGUGCGACGACGAUGUUGCUGCGCUCGUAGUGGACAAUGGCUCCGGCAUGUGCAAGGCCGGUUUCGCCGGCGACGACGCGCCGCGCGCCGUCUUCCCGUCCAUCGUCGGUCGCCCCAGGCAUCAGGGCGUCAUGGUGGGCAUGGGUCAGAAGGACUCCUACGUCGGCGACGAGGCCCAGAGCAAGAGAGGUAUCCUCACCCUGAAAUACCCCAUCGAGCACGGCAUCAUCACCAACUGGGACGACAUGGAGAAGAUCUGGCACCACACCUUCUACAACGAGCUGCGCGUCGCCCCCGAGGAGCACCCGGUCCUGCUGACCGAGGCUCCCCUCAACCCUAAGGCCAACAGGGAAAAGAUGACCCAGAUCAUGUUUGAGACCUUCAACUCCCCGGCCAUGUACGUCGCCAUCCAGGCCGUGCUCUCCCUGUACGCGUCCGGUCGUACCACCGGCAUCGUGCUGGACUCCGGAGACGGUGUCUCCCACACCGUGCCCAUCUACGAAGGUUACGCCCUGCCCCACGCCAUCCUCCGUCUGGACUUGGCCGGCCGCGACUUGACCGACUACCUCAUGAAGAUCCUCACCGAGAGGGGCUACUCCUUCACCACCACCGCUGAGAGGGAAAUCGUGCGCGACAUCAAGGAGAAGCUGUGCUAUGUCGCCCUGGACUUCGAGCAGGAGAUGGCCACCGCCGCCGCCUCCACCUCCCUGGAGAAGUCGUACGAGCUUCCCGACGGUCAGGUCAUCACCAUCGGCAACGAGAGGUUCCGCUGCCCCGAGGCUCUGUUCCAGCCUUCCUUCCUGGGUAUGGAAUCGUGCGGCAUCCACGAGACCGUGUACAACUCCAUCAUGAAGUGCGACGUCGACAUCCGUAAGGACCUGUACGCCAACACCGUCAUGUCCGGCGGUACCACCAUGUACCCCGGUAUCGCCGACAGGAUGCAGAAGGAGAUCACCGCCCUCGCGCCCUCCACCAUCAAGAUCAAGAUCAUCGCGCCCCCGGAGAGGAAGUACUCCGUAUGGAUCGGUGGUUCCAUCCUCGCCUCCCUGUCCACCUUCCAGCAGAUGUGGAUCUCCAAGGAGGAGUACGACGAGUCCGGCCCCGGCAUCGUCCACCGCAAGUGCUUCUAAGCGCCUCGUUAACCCUCGCGCCGCCGCCGCUGCCGCCGCCGCCGCCGCGUGAGCGAGUGCGUGAUAGCCGCUCCAGAGGAGCGCGGACGUUGUGCGUAGUGAUACCCGCCAGGACUGAACAUCUAAGUGACGCCAUCUAUCAUAAUGUAAUUUAUUGUAAAAUUUAUAUAAAUUUAAUUUUCUUUUUUA